AUGUUCUCAAUUCCGGAGCUUGACCUCGAGCACUCACGACAUAUCUCAAGCAAUGAUGCAUCAACAUCUACCCAACAACCAUCCUAUUCACGUUAUCAAGACACAAACCAAACAAGCAACAUGCAAAAUUCUCCUCUCUCGCGCUUGCUUCUCGAGAUCCACGAACAGAUCAUGGACUACAUCAUCCCUCUCGAAAUCAGGCAGAUGGACGAUUCGAUGAAAAAGAAUGUCAUCCAGAUCGUAGACCCUGCUGACAAGCUACUGUUGAUGCUGGCUCGCCGCCACGGUUUCGCAGCUACAUGCCACGAAGCCCAGGUCCUGAGUUUACGCCAUCAUCUCCGCCAUACGGAAAUCAUUUGGAACCUAGGUGAAGCCACGAGUGACUUGUACCAAGCCUCCAUACCGUUCACCUCGUUGCAAUUUCUGCAUGUGCGAGGUGUACUUGUUAGUAUCCGUGGUGUAGGCGCUAUUCAGACAGACAAUUUCCUGCCCGAUAUAUGUAAAUGGGUCGACGAGCCAUACAAGCUUGUUGGAGUGUUCGAGAAGGCUUUACUAGCCGCUCGCAGCUUACGCCGAGAACAACACCAGAAAGAACUCAAACACCACCAGAUGUUCUACACCCACAUCUACAGCUGCCUCUCAUACACGGACGGCAAUGCCUUGCGGCCAAUCAAAAAAGCCCUUCGACGCACUUGGAAGCGCGAUACCAUUGACGUGAGAAUAGACAUGCUAGACGCAGCAACCUCGCUAAAACGACUGGAAAAAGCCUUCGCAUUACUCGACAUCGAACACGCCGAGAAAAUCCAAGCCAUCGAGAUCGAGGUCAAGCGACAAGAAGAAUCGUCUCUUCGAAAUGGAAACCGGAUCUAUCGAGACGAACACACCGCCUACGAAAUGACUCUCGACUACAUGACCACGAUGUACGAUUUCUGGAAGCAGCGAGUUAGAAUCUUCCAUGAAAGGUUGAUCCCGGUGGUCAUGUCGGGUUACAGGAUUGAUUGCAGCGACCUCGACGUUGGAUUGGAGUUGGUGCGGAAUUUCUUCGAGCCGAUGCCAUACAGAAGUCAUACAGGGAGGCGUGUAGCUAACGCGGUUGUUGAUAUGGUCAAUUCAACUGAAGUCCACGGGGAUGAGCCUAGUCUUCAGAUGGAGCGGAAAGGAGGUUAG